CUAACGUGACAGACCAAAUAGUUUUAAAAAAAAUGUAACAACAUAUAGGAGAUCCUAAAAUUUGAUAUUAGGAAUCCACGUUUCAGACAACACGGUGAAUUUGGAACGAGAAGACCUCCUAAACCACGAAAUAAUAGAAUCUGAGGUAUUGUUCAAACUCUCACACUCCCAAACAUGUAUUACAAUCACAAGUGAGUAAAAAAAAGAGACAAGAGCCUAGUGAGAAUGUGGUUGAUAAUUACUAUAUGAAUAAAUAAGAUUUAGAAGAAGAAGAAGAGGAGGAAGAAGAGGAGGAGGAUGCUACAAAGAGCGGCGAGCAACGCUUGUUCGUGGUGGUGGGCAAACCACAUCCGCAACAAGCAAACGAAAUGGCUCGAACAGAGCCUCCUCGGUACCAUUCUUCCUUCAUUUUUCGUUUUCGUUUUGGUUUUGGUUUUGGUUUUGGUUAUUCAGCAUUGAUGAAAUGAAAUGAAACGAACCGCAGACAUGGACGACAAGGUGCAGUGCAUGCUGAAGCUGAUCGCGGAGGAUGGCGACUCCUUCGCCAAGAGGGCUGAGAUGUACUACAAGCGACGCCCAGAGCUCAUCGACGCUGUGGAGGACUCCUACAAAGCAUUCAAGGCGCUGGCUGACCGCUACGACAUCAUCUCCAAAGAGCUCCAGAAUGCCAACAACACCAUCGCUACCGUCUUCCCUGACCAGGUCCAGCUCUCGAUGGACGACGCAGACGACGACUUCCCCCCGGCCAAACCAAUCCAAAAAGCCCCCGCCAAGUCCACCAACAUCCCCAAAGCUCCCUUGGCAUCCAUAGACAGCCUCAAGGGCUUCAUCAGCAACGCUUCCAAACAGUUCCAGCCUAAGAAAACCUUCUCUUCCAAGUCCAAGUCGCGCCCCAAGCCUCCUACGCAUAAAUCCGGCUUGACCAAAGACGAGGCUGUCUGCGAGAUCGACAGGGUCAACAAGGAGAUCCUUGCCCUCCAGACCGUCAAGGAGUUCUGCAAAAGCUCCUACGAGAGUGGCUUGGCCAAAUUCUACGAGAUCGAGAACCAGAUCGUGGAGAUGCAGGAGAAGAUCUCCAUGCUGCAGGACGAGUACGAGAUGGAGGGUGUGAUCGAUGAUGGCGAAGCCCGCACUCUGAUGGCCGAGGCCGCCUUGAAGUCCUGCAAGGAGACCCUCUCCGCGCUGCAGGAGAAGCAGGAAAACUCCGCCAAGGAGGCCCAAGACGAGUCCAAGAAGAUCGAUGAGGCACGCGACCAGCUCCAUUCCCUCAGGCAAGACUGUGUCGAUGACGAACAAUAUGAAGAUAUGCCUGAUACGGAUAGACAGGCCGUAACCUUGGGUUUCAUACAAGAGCUCAACGACAUGGAGACCUUGACCUUCGACAAGAGCAUCGACCUCAGCUCCUCCGCGCCUCUGACAGUCACUCAGCUUGCUGAGAAGAUCGACGUGCUGGUGAGUAAGGUCAUCAACCUGGAGACUGCGGUGUCGUCCCAGACUGUCCUAAUCAACACCAUGAGGUCAGAUUCGGACGAGCUACGGGAACAGAUCAAGCAGCUAGAGAGCGAUGAGGAGGAACUCAUGGGCGACACGCACAGCCUCAGCAACAGGAUCAAGGAACUCGAGGACAAGCUAACCAGGCUCGAGGAGCUCAACAGCAACGUUGAAGCUCACAACAGCAAGCUCGAGGCCAACUUUGCCUACUGCCGCUGCAGCCUUGAUCACCUCUCAGAGCAGCUGGCCACCGUGAGGCCGGACGAGGAAGCAGAGGAAUCUGAUUCCUCGCAGAGCAAGCAUGACAAGUCAAAGAAGAAGAAGAAGGAGAAGAAGGAGAAGAAGGAGAGUAAGAAGAAGGAUAAGUCCAAGAAGAAGGAGACGAGAGACGAGAUAGAGGUGCCAGUAUCAGAUGAGGCCGACAUCGAAGUGGAGACAGAAGUUAAAAUGGAUGAUGCUGGUGAUGAUGGCGGCGAUGAGAACGUCAGCUCAUUGGAGGAACAGCAGGAUGUUGGGAUGCUAAAUCCGCAUUCCGACGAGGAGGAUCCCAUGCCUCACCAAGUUGACGAGAGUGACCUGAGCUGGCAGCAGCUGCUGCUGAACGGGGCAGAGGAUCGAGACAAGAUCCUUCUCAGAGAAUACACCACCAUCCUUAGGAACUACAAGGAUGUGAAGAGGAAGCUCAGUGAUACAGAGAAGAAGGACAGAGACAUUGAAUUCGACUUCACGAUGCAGCUGAGGGAGUUGAAACAAGCUAUCAUGAAGAGGGAUCAAGAGAUUCAGCAUCUCAAGCAGGAGCUAACCCUUGUGCAAGGACUUAAGGAUGGGAAAAAAGAGGAAGAGGGCGAAUCCCAAUCCGAAUCAGCAGAUGAGAGUGGCAAACAGGAACCAGGAACUCAAGACUUGGAGGUGGGAGAGAAGGAAGAAUUUAUCCAGAUGAUCUUCAACGUUAAUCCUCCUGGGAUUUCAGCUGUGGAGGAGAGGCUGCGGAUGAUGAUUGACGCAAUACUAGAUGAGAACCUCGAUUUCUGGCUGAGAUUCAGCACUGCAUUUCAUCAAGUCCAGAAAUUCAAGAGUGAGGCUCAGGACUUGAUAGAUGAGAUAAAGAAGCUGAGGCGGAAGAAGAAGCAGGAAGGAGGCAUCACCGCGCAGCUGAGAUCAGAGGUCCGGCCAAUAUACAAGCACUUGAGGGAGAUCCAGACGGAGCUGACCAUGUGGCUGGAGCAGCGGGUCUGCCUCAAAGAUGAGCUCAAGCGCAGGUUCACGUCGCUGUGCAGCAUACAGGAGGAGAUCACUACAGCACUCAAGGAAGGGGUCGAGGAGGACGAGAUCAUUUUCAGCAGCCAUCAAGCUGCAAAGCUGCAAGGUGAGAUUCUGAGCAUGAAACAGGAGAAUAAUAAGGUUAGGGAAGAGCUGCAGACAUGCCUAGAUCACGUCAGCCAGCUGCAGUUUGAUAUUGAGAAGAAUCUGCGACAGUUGAAUCGCGAGUUCAGCAUCUGCGCUAAUCAGCCACAGCUGCAGCACGCGAUGAGCAAGUCCAAGAUUCCUAUGAGAUCCCUCCUAUUUGGAACCAAGGUCAAGAAGCAGAAACAGUCACUCUUCAACUUUAUGCACACUAAUAAAAAAAUGCAUGCUGUCAGAGCUUUACCGUCUGUUUGAUCACUACCACCAGAUUUUGUUCCUCUCCAGUCCAGACUACAAAUUUUUAUCUGAAUAGAAUUUGGGUAUUUAGAUAGAUGAUAUUUUUUCCUUUUUCUUUCCCUUUGUUCAUCUCUUGAAGCAGUUUCAGACUUUAGACUGUCAUCAAAUUUUUAUAACUUAGUUACUCCUUUUUCCAUAUAGUGUUGGUUUCUGGUUUAUUUAUCUUUUACUUCCAUCCAUUCAAACAACUUGCAAAACAAUAACGCCUUCAUACAACACCUCGAUUCGUCAACUUGAAUAAAGCACACACCAAAGAAACAGGCUGACUCAAGUUCCUUAGGGGGGCAUACAUCAACUCAAAGAGUCUUAGUUCAUUUUCAUUAUUUUACAGUGCCUGCGAUUCAGUUUGUGCCAUUGCUUUUCCACAGCAAUGGCAUUAACCAUUGAAGACCCAAAAUUCUGAUCAAUGCCUCAUUUGUUGUUCUACUUAUUAAUUACUUUCAAUAUCAGAACUGAAAUAUGCAGCAAAUUACAAAAGGAUAAUAACAUCUUUAUUGCUUUAAUACCAUGUAAAGAAACAAGAUAGAGUUUGAUAGUUUAACGAUAAAUCACUAGAUAAGCUGCAAAAUACUAUCAAACUUAAUUUAGUUACACGUUUAUCUAUAGAGUAUAGACAUGGUGGCAUCAACAGAGCAGGCUGUGUGGCUAUAUGCCAAAAACAACUUCCAAAACCACCUUUGCUCCUCUGCCUUUGGCCAUGUAAAG